AUUUUGCUGAUCCCAGCAACCUUGUCAUCAAAACGAUAAAAAGUGUUGCUCGUUUUUCAUUCAUUCGAAACAUUCACGUUUGUCAUUUGUGUUUGCUGCAGAAAUCGUUUGCCAAGUGCUUUUCUGACCAAUUUUCGGGCAAGAAAACUAUAUUUCAAAAAUGUCGGAAGUCACUGCAAAGAUCCCAAAGCCUGUUCUGCGUGGAUUGCACAACACAUCCAUCAAGCGCAACCUGGUUGUGGCCACCGUCUUAUCUAUUGUUAGCGGUGUCGCCUUCAAUUAUUUGUAUGUGGAACCGAAGAGACAAGCCUAUGCCGAUUUCUACAAGACCUACGAUGCUAACAAGCAUUUCGAGCGAAUUAAGAAUGCCGGUCUGCUCCAAUCCGUACCUAGCGAUGCUUAAGGAAAUAGAUUUCCACGUCGGUCAAAUGAAUAGUUUAUUGCCUCUUCAUGUGAUUACAAGUAAUAAAUAAAAACAAAAAAAAUGCCUCAAUUUUUUUUAUUGAGUAGGUAAA